AGUACAUCUACUCUAUAAACUUUAUAUUUACACGAAUAUAAUCUUAUAACCUAUAAUUUCAAUAAUUGCCGAGUGCUGAGUGUUGUUUGUGAAGAAGGAAAAAGGAAGUCUGUUACAUUUUUUUAUACAAAUUUAAUUAAUUGUGAACGCAAUCUUUUUUCAAAUUACACCACAUAAAUUAUGCAGCUAUCUAAAUUGAAAAAACGAAGAGAACGAACAUUGCGUGUGUACCUUCCUCACGUGAUAAAAGAUAAAAAAGAUGUUGAAAAUUUAUUCACGGGUAAUUUUUACGUAAAAUUACCACGACAAUCCAGUAGGUCAUGUCAUAUUGUGUUCUCCAACGUAGAGGAGAAAAUAACGAAUUAUAAAUCUGCAAAGGAAAAAACAAUUAAUGGCAAGCGAAUUGUUGUUAAACCGCUAUGUGCUCUUGUACCUAAAAAAAAAGUCAAGAAGAUAGAAAGAAAGAAAGUUUGUAUACCCGAAAUCAAACCGGAUAUUAAAGUGACACAAGCAUUAUUUGUUUCCAAUAUACCAAUUGGUAUAAAAUCACAUGAAGUGAAAGGUGUCCUUCCUGGAUGUGUCCAUGUUACUUUAUUGAAAUCUUAUAAUAAAGACUUUAGGAGUGCAAUAGCAAAAAUGGAAAGUGUUCAAAUGGCAGCAGAAUACUUGAAGAAUAAAUAUAAAUGGCCUGUACUGAAAGGACAUAAAAUGUGCUUGAAAUCAGACACAAGAACAAAACAUAAGAAAAAAACUUCUAGUACUUUAAAAAUUUAUAAUGAUAACACAAUAGAGGAAUGGAAAUUCAAUGACAAUGUGAAAGCAUUAAAUUAAAAACAUAAUUAAAAUAUCUAAUUUUGUUAUUUAA